AUGUCUGAGAGACGCGUUCGUGUUGCCACUCCAGUCUCUUCGGAGGCUGGCGACUCACUCCCUCCAGAUGCUGGUGACAUAUGGACUAGCAUCAUGUUCAGUUCUAAUCCCACUCAAGAUCAUGGUGUUGUAUCAAAUGAUGUUGUAUCGAAUGACUCCCCGGUGGAGCCACGCCCCGCAUUGCCCGAGGACCCCAUAGAUUGGUGGGGCAACUAUGAAUAUCGGGUUGAUUCUUUAGGAAAGAGAGAGAAAAAUUACGAGCGAUGUUUUAAUGGCGACUUUGAUGAAGUCACAAGCAUGCUGUCAGACAUGUAUGUUGUAGAGUUGCUCCGCACACCCAACUUUUUCACAGCCCGGUGUUCCCCAUCAAUGGGGGUCUUUCGUGUGUCACCGGCCGUCCAAACAUUGGCAGAAGGCUGUACAAGACCGGAAGAAGAUCCGGUACAAUUGACCACAGGAACUCACUCCUUCGAUCAAGAUGUUGAAUCAACGCUCCUGACGUAUCAUCCCUAUGAUUUUUCACCUGAAGUAUCGUCGCCGAUGGAUCUGUACGAUUGCGGAUGGGAGGAUGACAUGAAUGUGACAUCCCAGGAAACAAUCAUGCCAUUAGAUGAAUCACCCAGCCGAUCGAUGGACCGGACAUUCGAUGAGGAGACGGAUGUCUUAGACCUUACGUCCACAUCAGUCAACCGAUCGGUGGACCAGACAUUCGCCAAUUCAGAGAGAUCCAUGUCUCCAACCGAACCCAACGCAUUCCAAGAGGCAGGAGAGUCCAUGCGUCGCGCGAUCCGACGGCUCAACAGCAUAGGACAUAGUGACUUCGAUAGAUAUGUUCGCAACAUUGUCGCACCAGGGGAUGGACUUGUAUAUGACUCACGACCAGGGCUCACUUUCAUGGCCAACCGGCAUUUGUUUGGUGCAUAUGCCGAGGCAAGAGAUCGGGUAACUAACCUCGGGGCUGAUGUCAUAAACAUACAUCGUUUACUUAAUAUUCACCGCCGGAUCAUGUACCCGCUAGAUGCGAUGAUAACCAGAGUGGAGCAGCAGGGGGAUAAAUAUACACGACAUAUGCCCGACCGAUAG